GAAGAAGAAGAUAAUCUCUGAAACUCACCUAUAUAUACACACUCUGAUGCAUGAAACACGAAGUGGAUAUUCACAGUUUCGAUUUUUCCCUUGUGGGUAUCUCUGGUUUUCUUCUACCAAUGUCGUUGGAGUGUCUAUCUCCCUUAACACACACCAAAAUCUACCUCAGUUCCACCACCGCCAAAUCCACGCUUCUCCGCCGCAACGCGCGUCGUUUCGUUCCCAAUUCGGUGUCGUUUAGGGUUCCGAGGAACGGGACUCUAUGGGGGGAGUUUGAUUUGUUGGGUGGGUUGAGGUUGAAUAAGAGGGUUUGCUCCGGCGAUGGAUUUAGGAAGAGGGGCGGUGUAAGCGCUGCUACUGGCGGUGAGGGGAGUGAUUCCGGUGAGAAGAGUGGGGAGGGGGAGAAGGGUUCGAACAGGAGGAGGGAGAAGCAGGGGAAGGGGUGGUGGUCGUGGUUGGGUUCGAUAGGUGAGAAGUGGAGGUGGCAGCCUAUAGUGCAGGCUCAGGAAGUUGGGGUUUUGGUUUUGCAAUUGGGGAUUGUGAUUUUUGUUAUGCGGUUGUUGAGGCCUGGGAUUCCUUUACCUGGCUCGGAGCCGCGGGCGGCGACGGCGUUUGUGAGUGUGCCUUAUAGUGAGUUCUUGAGUAGGAUUAACAAUGAUCAGGUGCUGAAGGUGGAGGUUGAUGGGGUUCAUAUUAUGUUCAAGUUGAAGACUGAUGUGGGGAGUGUUGGUGGUGGUGAGGUUGCUUCUAGUGGUAGGUUGCAGGCGGAGUCGGAGUCGUUGGUUAAGAGUGUUGCUCCUACAAAGAGGGUUGUGUAUACUACAACAAGGCCUAGUGAUAUAAGAACUCCUUAUGAAAAGAUGCUGGAGAAUGAGGUGGAGUUUGGGUCGCCGGAUAAGCGUUCUGGUGGAUUCUUCAACUCUGCUCUGAUAGCCUUGUUUUAUAUUUCUGUGCUUGUGCUGCUUCUCCAACGAUUCCCUGUAAGCUUUUCACAGCAUGCGGCUGGUCAGAUAAGGAACCGCAAAUCAGGAAUUUCUGCUGGUACUAAAUCAUCUGAAAAAGGUGAAACAAUCACUUUUGCUGAUGUUGCUGGUGUUGAUGAGGCUAAGGAGGAGCUGGAAGAGAUUGUGGAAUUCCUUCGAAAUCCAGAUAAAUAUGUACGACUUGGAGCCCGUCCUCCUCGAGGUGUUCUCUUGGUAGGUCUUCCGGGGACAGGCAAGACUUUACUAGCAAAGGCUGUAGCUGGGGAAGCUGAUGUGCCAUUUAUAAGUUGUUCCGCUAGUGAGUUUGUAGAGUUGUAUGUUGGAAUGGGUGCUUCCCGUGUGAGAGAUCUCUUUGCAAGGGCAAAGAAGGAAGCACCAUCCAUAAUAUUUAUUGAUGAGAUAGAUGCUGUGGCUAAAAGUCGUGAUGGAAAAUUUCGCAUAGUCAGCAAUGAUGAAAGAGAACAAACCUUGAACCAGUUGCUCACUGAGAUGGACGGGUUUGACAGCAAUUCAGCAGUGAUUGUUCUUGGGGCAACUAAUCGAGCAGAUGUCUUAGACCCUGCACUUCGCCGACCAGGAAGAUUUGAUCGAGUAGUUAUGGUAGAAACACCUGAUAGGAUUGGAAGAGAAGCCAUCCUGAAAGUUCAUGUUUCCAGGAAAGAACUUCCUUUAGCCAAGGAUGUUGACCUUAGCAACAUAGCUUCUAUGACUACUGGUUUCACAGGAGCGGAUCUUGCAAACCUAGUAAAUGAGGCUGCUUUAUUGGCGGGAAGACUGAGCAAAGUGGUUGUAGAGAAAAUUGAUUUCAUCCAAGCUGUGGAAAGAUCAAUAGCUGGCAUAGAAAAGAAGACUGCCAAGUUGCAAGGAACUGAGAAGGCUGUUGUUGCACGACAUGAAGCUGGUCAUGCUGUAGUAGGCACUGCAGUUGCAAAUCUUAUUGCUGGACAGCCACGUGUUGAGAAAUUAAGCAUAUUGCCUAGGUCAGGAGGGGCCUUGGGCUUUACUUAUAUUCCUCCAACAAAUGAGGAUAGGUACUUGCUUUUCAUUGAUGAGUUGCGUGGCCGCCUGGUGACCCUUCUUGGAGGACGUGCAGCAGAAGAAGUUGUUUAUUCUGGUCGAGUGUCAACAGGUGCACUUGAUGACAUUCGGCGUGCAACUGACAUGGCGUACAAAGCUAUAGCUGAAUAUGGUCUUAGUCAGACAAUAGGCCCUGUGUCAAUUGGCACUCUUUCUAAUGGUGGAAUGGAUGAGUCUGGGGGUUCAGUUCCUUGGGGAAGAGAUCAGGGACGCCUAGUUGAUCUUGUUCAAAGUGAGGUGAAAGCAUUGCUGCAGUCUGCUAUGGAAGUAGCGCUUUCCAUUGUGCGAGCUAAUCCUACUGUUUUGGAGGGUCUUGGUGCUCAUUUGGAAGAAAAGGAGAAAGUAGAGGGUGAAGAGCUACAGAAGUGGUUAAGAUUGGUGGUUGCUCCAACAGAGCUUGCAAUUUUUUUAGAAGGCAAGCAAAAGUCUCUUGCUCCAACAGAGCUUGCAAUUGCAGACAGGUUCCUGAACAGUUAAGAGUUACCUAUAAUGCUACCAGUGUGAAAUGGAACGCCGAGGUACGAUAUUUCACAUCAUUCAGCUAAAGGCAGUGAAAUUAUAUCUCUCACACAGCAUGCCAUACAACAUUGUAUAUUCCUGUAAGGUGAAUUUUGGCAUCAUUUUUAACACAUGACCAGUCUGCUAUAUGUAUUUACUCAACAAUUCACUCAACCAAAGCCACAGGGAAAAAGAAAAAUGAAGAAAUACAUACAUUAGUGCCACUCUCUGUCUCUAACUACAUAGGUACUGGUAAUUGAAUUUGUUGUAUAUUGACUAUUAUUUCAGUCAUGAUGAAAUGUAAAUAAUGUAUAGUUGUAUACAUUAUGAUUCUGUGAAAUAUAUAGGACUCUGCUACAUUUUAGCACCAAAAUGUUUUAUUGAAAUUGCUAGCAACAUGGUUAGUAAUAAAUUCCAUUUUCAAA